AUGGCGCUGGAGCGGGCGCAGGCCGAGGGCCCCGCCGCCGCGCCGCCCGCCAGCCUCUCCGCCCCGGAGAGCCCCGGCGAGGCGGCGCCUGGUGGAGAGGCGGAGUCCGCGGCCCUCCCCGGUGAGGCGGCGGGAGGCGAGGGGGAGCGCGGGCCGGGCGGCGGCGCGGAGGCCGCGGGGCAGAGCGAGGGGGCGGCGGAGGAGGACGAGGCGGAGGAGGCGAGCGUGAAACCCUCGCAGAACAUCGCGGUGCAGACUGACUUCAAAACGGCCGACGCGGAUGCGAACACGGAUCAGGACAUUGAGAAGAACCUGGACAAAAUGAUGUCUGAGAGGGCUUUGUUAAAGGAACGGUACCAGGAGGUGUUGGACAAACAGCGGCAAGUGGAGAACCAGCUGCAGGUGCAGCUCAAACAGCUCCAGCAGCGGAGGGAAGAAGAGAUGAAGAACCACCAGGAGAUUCUGAAAGCAAUUCAGGCCGUUACGAUCAAGCGGGAAGAGACAAAGAAGAAGAUGGAGAAAGAGAAGAAGGAAUUCCUGCAGAAAGAGCAGGAUCUGAAAGCAGAAAUUGAGAAACUCUGCGAGAAAGGCAGAAGGUUGCUGAAGGAGCAGGAGGAAAAGGAAAACAAGAUUGCUUCUUUGAUUGCAGAGCAGUCUGAUGAAAAGCAGCUAUGGGAGAUGGAGCUAGAUAAGCUGAAGAACCAGCACAAUGAAAUCAACAGGAACAUCCUCGAGGAGACAGAACGGGCCUGGAAAGCAGAGAUCCUGUCCCUGGAGAGCCGAAAGGAGCUGCUGGUGUUGAAACUAGAAGAAGCAGAAAAAGAAGCAGAGCUGCACCUCACCUACCUCAAGUCUGCACCACCAACACUGGAGACCAUGAGGCCAAAGCAGGAGUGGGAGAUGAGGCUGAACAGGAUACGAAUGACGAAGGAAAGUGUCCGAGACCAGUUCAAUGACCACAUUCAGAUGGUGAGAAAUGGAACGAAGCUGAGCAGCCUCCCACAGAUCCCAACCCCAACAUUGCCACCUCCACCCUCAGAAACAGAUUUCAUGCUGACGGCAUUCCAGCCCAAUCCAUCCCUUACUCCCAGGCUCCCAUUUCCCAUAGGACCGGUUCCUGUUCCCAUGGUCAUGCCAAGCGCUGAUCCUCGGGCGCUUUCCUUUCCUCUCCUGAACCCUGCAAUCUCCAGACCCAACCAGCCUUCCCCACCGCUGCCUGCAUCCCAAGGAAGAAACAGCCCCGUCGUGGCAUCGCUUAUUGGCCCACACAGUCCUCACAUGACUCCUGCAGCCUCCAUCCCUCCUCCACCGGGUCUGGGAGGAGUUAAGGUCACUCCGGAGUUUCACAGGUCACAGCCAGCAGAUAAGCUGGAGAAGCUGCUGGAGAAGUUGUUGACUCGAUUUCCCCAGUGCAACAAGGCCCAGCUCACCAACAUCCUGCAGCAGAUCAAGACUGCUCGGAGGACGAUGGCGGGUCUGACUAUGGAGGAACUGAACCAGCUGGUGGCAGCCAAGCUUGCGGAGCAGCAGGAGCGGGCAGCAGCUGGGGCUCAGCCUCUCGGUCGGAUCAGGGCCCCCAUGUUUUCUGCUCCACUGCCUCAGAUCAGCACGCCAAUGUUCCUGCCCCCAGCCCAGGUAGCUUACCCAGGAACGGCAUCACAUACCCCAGCUGCCUGUAAGCUAUGUCUCAUGUGCCAGAAGCUUGUACAGCCCAGCGACCUUCAUCCCAUGGCCUGCUCGCAUGUGCUGCACAAGGAGUGCAUCAAAUUCUGGGCACAAACCAACACAAAUGACACUUGCCCCUUUUGUCCAAGUCUCAAAUGACGGCUACUCGAACAAAGUGGUCCCACGGGAGGAGUUGCUGUGAAUAGACAGGAUCAGUUCUAAGAUUUCUACAGUUCUAUAUUUAUACGACCAUGUAUACACAUGUACAUUUUUAUUAUAUAGGUAAUGUGUGUAUAGAAAGUCUGUAUACAUACAAAUUCAUAAAUAAAGUGUGUAUAUUAUGCAGUGA